CCCGCAUCCCCGGAAGCGGCCGUUGCCGCGGUAACGGCGGAGCGAUUUCCGACAGGGGCGGCGGCCGGCGCGAGGGAGGCGGGUGGCCAUGGUGCCCAGCAAGUGCCGGCCCGGCAGGGGCCCGCGGGCCGCGCCCGGCCCGUUUGACUUCAGGAUAAAUAAAGAACCGUCGUCUCUCCACAACAGACUUCUGCAGCACGACCUGGAAAAAAACUACUCGGGAAGGCAAGGAGACCCGAGAGUAUUGAGUCCUUUGGUGCGCAAUAAGCAGCUGUAUCUUCCAGUGCCAUCUGCUCUGACCGAACUUUCUGGUUUGGAGUUCAAGCAAAGCACAGGUUCUUUAUCUGCAUUUGGGGAGUCUUCCAUACAUGCAAAACCCAGAUCCCGACAAAGCAGUCACAGUGUUAGUUCACACGCUUCUGAUAACGUGAAUUUUGGGAGCAGUUCAUCAAUAACGUUUCCUGUUUUGCAACGUACUGCUGAGGAAAAAAUACUGAACUCGGAUAGACUCACCCUGGAAAGGCAGAAGCUGACAGUGUGCCCGAUUAUCGAUGGAGAAGAUCAUCUUCGCCUUUUGAAUUUUCAGCAUAACUUUAUAACCCGGAUCCAGAACAUUUCCAACCUGCAGCAUCUUGUUUUCUUAGAUUUGUACGAUAACCAGAUAGAGGAAAUAAGCGGGCUUUCAACUCUGAGAUCCCUGAGAGUUCUUCUUUUGGGGAAGAACAGGAUAAAGAAGAUCUCGAAUCUGGAGAACCUAAAAAAUCUUGAUGUUUUGGAUCUUCAUGGAAAUCAGAUCGCUAAAAUAGAAAACAUCAACCAUUUGAGUGAACUGAGAGUGUUAAACCUUGCCAGAAACCUACUGUCCAUUGUAGAAAAUCUUAAUGGACUGGAUUCACUCACAGAGCUCAAUCUUCGUCAUAAUCAAGUCUCUGCUAUAAAAGAUGUGGAUACUUUGCCCCGUCUCCAACGUCUGUUCCUCAGCUUCAACAAUAUAUCUAGUUUUGAGGAUAUUCUGUGCCUUGCUGAUUCCUCAUCUUUGUCAGAUAUCACCCUUGAUGGCAAUCCAAUAGCUCAGGAGACAUGGUACAAACACACUGUUCUCCAUCAUAUGAUGCAGCUCCGACAGCUAGAUAUGAAGAGAAUCACAGAAGAAGAAAGACGCAUGGCAUCUAUUGCAGCAAGGAAAGAAGAAGAAAGGAAGCGUGAAAGUCAUAAACAGAGUUUGCUUAAGGAAAAGAAACGGUUAACAAUUUGUAAUAUUGCUCGCCAGUGGGAGAUACAGCAGAAUAGAAUAGAUCUUGUGGCUUCUUUAAACCAAGAUAAAGAUAACCAGCCUUGUCCUAUCAAUGGCAGUGCUGCAUAUGUAUUUCCUGAAGAAAGCAGGUCUCUUGAUACAAUAUUGAACAGUGCAGUACAAGGCUUGUCUGUCCUUGAGUCUCAUCUGGUGGAACUGGAAGGAGACACUCUUUACUUGUAUGGUUCUGGAGCACUGGAGUGCUUGGAUCGAAACUGGAGUGUUCAAACAGCUGGAACUGUUGUCACAGUCUCCUUUAUGUUCAUAGAAUUUGAUGAAAUUGUGCAAGUGUUAACAAAAAUGAGGAUAAAAUUUCCUAAUUCUGUGCACCUAAAGUUUAAGGAGACGAAUCUUGUGACGCUGCAGCAGUUCAAUGCGUUAGCCCAUGCACAUCGCAUAGAACAGUUAACAGUUGAUCCGCAGGGAAAUCCAGUUGUUAACUUUACUUUGUGGAAGUACUACGUUCUGUUUAGAUUGAACCAUUUUAAUCUACAGAAGAUAAAUGGAAUUGAGGUUACUCAAGAUGAUGUUGUAAUGGCAGAAAGGCUCUUUGGCAUUCUGGCUUAUGUAGCAUCUUCUGAGCUGCCUCGUUAUCGCUUGCUUUCGUCAUUUGGAGAAUCUAGGAUGAAGCAAUUCAGUUACCUUCUGGAGGGAAAGGGGAAGAAAUCUGGGACUGGAAACGAGGAAAGUAAUGAUAACAGAAGAGCUGGGAGAGAAAACACUGCUCGAGCAACAUUGAGUUAUGUCACAAAGGACUUUCAUAUGGAAAAGCUUGAGGAAAUCAAGGAAAGAAAAACAUUUUGCCAAACAUACGUCAAGAAUUUAGUGAAAGAAGCUGCUGACAUCCAUAUGAAAAAUGAGUCCUUGCAGAAGCUCUGGCCUCAAAUGUUCAUUGAGCUUGUCAGAGAUGCAGUGAUAGAAAUACGCAAUAAAAAUUCCUACAUGAAACUCAGCUUACAGCGGAUCACUGAUCAAAAACAGUAGAGUCAAGGCCUGUUCUCUUGCAAGCUUUUGGUUUCAGGUUUGGAUGAUGUUUCACAAACUUAAAACAAUAGAAUAUAAAAUUACCAUCACAAUGAAACACGUCCUUACUAUCCCCUUCUCCCCCCCCAAACAAAAGUUACCUUUAAAUCUUAAUUAACUCUGUUUUCAUAACUUUCUUGAUAGUGUUCAAUUACAAAUUUACUUGCAUAAAACAUUAACAGUGCUUCCUUGGCUAAAGUGAAGAGAUGGCAUUGAAGUAACUUGGUGAUUAUGCCAUGUUUCACUACAUUCUUGUUCAUUUUUUUUUUCUGCUUUCCUUGCUUCUGUAGUGCUAUAGCAUUGAUGUUAAGGAACAAGUUUACAAACUGCUUAUUUAUUUAUUUAUUUUUGUUGAACACUUUCUGAUUGUCAGCUUUUUGAGUAUUUCCUGCUGUCUUUAAAAAAAAAUAAAUCAGGAAUAUUAGCAAUUUUUUAAUGAUUAAGAGCUAGUAAAUUAUUGCUUUUACACUCUAAGGUUGAUGAAUGCUUUAUAUUAUUUUAUUUGUCAGAUUAUAGAACGCAUUUUCAGAUCAAGUCUGUGACAGUUUUUGGCAUACUGAAUUAACGUAAUUAUCAACUGAACAAAUGGCUUGAACUUGACUUCAAGUUCUUUUCUCAUUAAUUUAAUUUAUGUUAGUUUGUGUGAAUUAUUGUAGGUUAAAUAUGAAAUUGGGGAUAUGUACUUAUGCUUUAUUUUUAUUCUUUUAUAAUUUAUUGAUAUAACAAAUUAUUACUUUUUGAGCUUUGUUGAUUAAGGUCAAAUAAACUGAAAAGCACGCACUCAAUUUUGUAAGGAAACUGAUGAAUGCUGUUCAGUUAUAAUCACUGACAACUGUUUCAUUUCUGUGUCUGUGUGAAAAUUUCAGACUUUUAUCAAUAAAAAUAAAUUACUCACUUUUACCUUUCACAGA